AUGACCACUUUUGCACACGCUUUACCUGUUUCAGGAGAAUGGAAGGCCCAAGUCACAGCAUGGCUCAGUGAGGAUGUUCCUUCUUUUGAUGUUGGUGGCUUUGUAGUUGGUGAUGAAGAAAAAACUGCUACUGUGUGGUGCAAGCAGACUGGUGUUCUCUCAGGUGUCCCUUUCGCUUCCGAAGUAUUUCGUCAAUGUGAAGUUGACGUUGAAUGGCUCUUCAAAGAAGGUGUUUUAAUUGAAGUAGCAGAGGGUGAGAAAACUGCAGUAGCGAAACUGAAGGGUCCAGCCAGAAAUCUUCUUCUGAGUGAGAGAACAGCUUUAAAUUUACUUGCUAGAGCAUCUGGUGUCGCAACUAAGAGCCGAAGACUUCUUGACCUCGCUCGUAAAAGUGGCUACAAGGGCACCAUUGCUGGUACUCGCAAGACUACUCCCGGACUUCGUCUUCUAGAAAAGUAUUCUAUGGUCGUUGGUGGAAUUGAUCCACAUCGCUAUGACUUAUCGUCUAUGGUGAUGCUGAAAGACAAUCAUAUUUGGAGUACAGGGUCCAUAACGAAUGCUGUCAAGAGUGCAAGAGCUGUUGCAGGAUUUGCAAUGAAAAUUGAGGUCGAGUGCCAGUCAGAAACUGAGGCAGAUGAAGCUAUAGCUGCAGGUGCUGACGUUAUUAUGUUGGAUAAUUUUACAGGGGAAGGUUUAAGGGUGGCUGCCUCUUCGAUUAAGACCAGAUGGGCUGCAAAAGGUAUUACUGGGUUCCUUCUUGAGUGUAGUGGCGGCCUCCGUGAAGAAAAUAUUAGCGGUUAUUUUUGUGAUGACAUCGAUAUUUAUAGUACAUCGUCGGUUCAUCAAGGUACUGGCGUUGUUGAUUUCUCCUUGAAGAUUGAUCACUGA